AUAUUUGCUGCAUAUCGUUGGAUUGUUGCCAACUACCCAGAAAAGUUUGUGCUUAAAGUCGAUUCUGACGUCGUGCUUCACCUUGACAAGGUGAUUCCCCUUCUUAAGCAACCUCACGAGAAAUAUAUGCUGUGCCAUAUUCACAAAAAGGUCCAACCUAUUCGAGACGUUGAUAGCUUGUGGUACAUUCCUGAAUCAUCGUAUCAUGAGCGAUACCUACCCGAUUACUGUAAUGGUCCCACCUACCUCAUAAGCCCAGCAGCCUUAGCAGCUCUCAUAGAGGUCGCCUGGAGGCAUAAGGUCUUUGAAGUCGAGGAUGUUUUCUUCACAGGUGUUUUGGCUAGAUCAGCCAAUAUUCAGCUAGUGAAGGAGCCAGGAUUUUGGAAUCGACCGGUGAGUAAAAGGAAUACUAGUCUAUACUUCGGUUCUAUGUAG